AUGCAACCCAUAAAUUAGUUGCUUAUCACAAUUGCUAAAAUUUUGGAAGAAAUUUUAAAGGAAACUGAUUAAUUGAGUUUGUAAUAGGUAUCCGUAUUCCAUGCCUCACGAGCACCAUCUAUAUCAAUUCAAAAUUACAUACAGAGAAUUGCAAAAUACACAAAUUGCAACAGUGUUUGCUUUGUUCUUGCAUUAAUAUAUCUAGAUAAAGUUUAAGAAAUGCAUUAAGAUGUAGUGCUUAAUUCAAAUUGUAUACAUAGGUAUGAACUUGUAAUAGUUUAUUGAUUUAUAAUAGUAUCU